CCCUCACCUGCCGCCGCCGGAAUCUAUCCCGGAGCGCACGAGCCGCCCCUUCCGCUCAGCCAAUCGGAGCGCGCGAGCAUUGGCCAAUAGGUGCUGUCUACCAAGACGUCACGGGUUUCCCCGCCCAGCUCCUCCCGCGAACCAAUAGGAAACGAGAUCCUGGGAGUGUCCCGCCCGGGGCCGAGAGCCACGGACCAAUGGAAAUAGAGGCUGAGCGGUGGCGCGGCGGGCGGUAGGUGGAGUAACCCCGGGACCUGGACGGGAGCCUGGCGGGCUCAACCCCGACGAGCGGCUUGGACAUGGCUGUGUGGGUUUGGGGGGGCCGCCUUGGCCUCCGCGGGUGCCUCGCGGCUGGCAGGCUACUUCGUCCCCGUUUCCAGAGCCGCGGUUCCCCGGGCGUAGAAGACGGGGACAGGUAAGUGCCUGGCUGGGAAGGUACCCGACACCCAGAACUGUCGUCGCAUAGUGACGUCACACGGCUGUGACGUCCUGCCGGUGCAGGGGCUGUGGAAAGGUGAUUGAUACGUUAUUUCAAUGAGUAUUUAUUGAGCUUCUGCAUUGAAAAAUAUACUACAUCAGCUACUCUGCAGACAUGGAUGUGGGCAAGACACAGAACCUGCCACAAGGGCUUCCAGCUAAGAGGGAUAUGGAGGGGAAGGAUGUCAACGAGCGUUAAGCAUGAGGGGCCACAGCCUCCCUCGAAGACACCCAAGAUCCCCAAGAUUUACACCAAAACAGGAGACAAAGGGUUUUCUAGCACCUUCACUGGAGAAAGGAGGCCCAAAGACGACCAGGUGUUCGAAGCCUUGGGAACUACAGAUGAAUUAAGUUCAGCCAUUGGGUUUGCUAUGGAAUUAAUUUCGGAAAAGGGCCACCCAUUUGCUGAGGAGCUUGAGAAAAUACAGUGCUCCCUGCAGGACGUUGGCUCCGCCCUGGCGACACCCCGCUCCUCCGCCCGGGAGGCUCACUUAAGACGCACCACAUUUGAGUCGGGGCGCGUCCUGGAGCUGGAGCAGUGGAUCGACAAGUACUCCGGCCAGCUCCCCCCUCUCACGGCUUUCAUUCUGCCUUCGGGCGGCAAGAGCAGCGCUGCACUGCACUUCUGUCGGGCCGUGUGCCGCCGGGCUGAGAGACGCGUGGCGCCUCUUGUCCGGAUGGGUGAGACGGAUGCAAACGUGGCCAAGUUCUUAAACAGACUCAGCGACUAUCUCUUCACGCUAGCCAGGUACGCAGCCAUGAAGGAGGGGAAGCAAGAGAAAAUAUACAAGAAAAGUGACCCGUCGGACUGAACCCGAGGCGCUUGGGAACAGUGGAAAGGGGAGCCUUGUGGACCCUCCGGGGUGGCCACCAGGGAAGAGGAGUUUGCCUUGUCCUGGUUCCCGAAGGCCUAGCCUCAGGGCUGGACCAGGGUCUUUUGUCCGCGAUCAGCUGCCUCCAGACCCCCUGCCACUUCCCUCGGGCAGCGGCUGCUGGAGAAAUCUGCCCGCCAGGCUCUCCUUGGUCUUCUCGGGAGUGGGUUCACUGCAGAAAGGAGGGCGAAGUGAUUGCUGUAAUGAGAAGGAUGCACAGAAAAGAAUAAAAGUGGGAAAGGCUUGAACCGAGUGUGAGAGAGGGAGGGAAGAAGCGAGCAUGAGAGAGCCCAUCCAUGUCAACUCUGCACGUCCAAGGACUGGGAGAGGCCCCAGAGCCCCCUGGGGUGUCCCUGACUUACCUGUGCCCAUUUGUAAAGGGGAGGCAGACAGUGGAAGCGGAGUCGCCGGGAGCCCCCGGCACCGCCUCCGUCAGGGGAAGGGCCGCGGCAGCGUGACAGGUGAGGCUUGGGAACCACUCCCCGUGGGCCCCGUGUGCAUGGCGGGUGCGGCCUGCAGAAUGCUCUCCCAGGGGACCCUCCCCCACCCAGGGGUGAAGACUGGCGAGAGAAACGCCACCGCUUAAAGGAAGGCAUCCUGCCCAGGCAGAUGGUGUCAAGGGCUGAGGGAACAUUCUCAGCUCAAGACAGGAAGGCCUUCCGCUUCCAGUGAGGCCGACAGGCGGGACGUAGCCCCUGAUGCUGCGCUUGGCUGGUGUAUGCUCAGAUCCAGGCGUGGCUGUGCUUUAUUUCACCUGUCACCGCCGCUCCCUCCCGCCGUGAAACGAGGCCGCCAGCGCCAGCUGUGUCCUUGGGAAGGGGAUGUGAUGGAGGGCGGGCAGGCAGCCUGGGCCCCUGCAGAGUCCACGCUGCUAACGGCAGGAAAUGACUUGAGAGGGCAGGCUCGGCGGCUGAGGUGCCUGUGAACUCCAUCCAGGGAUCACGCGGGCUGAGCGCCUGCUUAGCCUGAGGCACCAGGAGGCUGGAGGCUGGGAGGCUGGUCCCAGCCGGCAUGUCCGCCAGCAUCCACACCGUCUGCUUUCAUUCCUACCACCUCGCUGGGAAUUUUGCUGGAGGAACAGGCACAAGUCCCUCCUGAGUCCUUUGUUCCCAGCAGGCUUCAGGGGCCCCUUAGGGCGGGCAGAGCUGCUGAGGUGCCCGUGACCGCCUGGUUCCCCCUGGGCCAGGGCGAGCGCCGGGCUGGUGCGCAGCGGCCUCAGUGCUGGUGACCAGCUGGAGCAGUGGAAGCAGCAGCCUUUCCGGAGGGCGGUGCGAGCUGCACUGGGGCGGUGCCCGGGGGUUUUGCUCCAAGAGCUGCAGCCACCGGCUCCAUGCACUCAGUCUGCCGGCUCCUCAAGGUCUCCCCGGGAGGAGCAGGACACGGAGCAAAGCAACAGUCCCGACCCGCUCCUAGCCUCGGUGAAGGCCCACGGCAGACAGAAGCUCCUGAGGAAAUGCAGCCACCUAAUGGGAAGCUCUUGGGAGCAAGGCAUGUGCCUGUCACCAAGUCCUGUCCCCCAGCCCUUGCUGGGAGGGACUGUCACAGGCCAGAUGUAACCCAGGUUCCCAGGCCCCCUCUGCAGCUGCCCCCCCGCCCACAAGCAAGCGUUCCCUGAGAGACAGCCCGGGCGCAGGGCAGACUUGGCAUCUUGAGGGUGUGCCCUGUGCCACCAACAGGAAUCUGCUUUGCAGCUCCCGACGCAGCCACCCUGGAGCCCGGGGCAAGAGGCAAAGUGUGCACCCCAUGCCCGCUUGUCAAGGUAGCCCCUUGUCUAGGACCCGGUCAGACAAGCAUGCAAGCUCCACAGAUAAAACACACGACCCUGCUCUCUAAAGCCCCAGUCGCCCGCCUGCACCGCUGUCGGCCGUCACGCAUGACCCCCAGCGCCCAGCCAGGCAGGGUGGGGAGAGGAAUGCAGGCUUUACUUAAAGCUGGUGCCUUGUGGAUCAGGGGUUCUUGUUUUUGCAUAAUUGUGAUUCUUAAAAGACUGAAAAAAAUAAAAAACUAGAUAAGUAAAAAGAC